AGCGAGAUGCAAAAAGCCUUAUCUGCUUGCAUUUGACUUGUGAUGCCGGCUCCUCACUAGAAUGCAAACCCGUGCACAGGAUGAAAACAGGUCAUUCUUCCAGAAUGCCAGAGGAAAGUUCACCAAAACGGAGUCCUCAAAACAUCCCGUACAAGGACCUGCCCCAUAUCGUCAAUGCUGACGGGCAGUAUCUCUUCUGCAGGUAUUGGAAGCCAGCAGCAGCUCCCAGGGCCCUUGUGUUUAUCGCUCAUGGAGCUGGGGAACACUGCGGCCGCUAUGAUGACUUGGCCCAGAGGCUGACAGGACUUAACUUGUUUGUUUUUGCCCAUGACCAUGUUGGCCAUGGGCAGAGCGAGGGAGAUCGUAUGGUUGUCUCAGAUUUCCACGUCUUCAUCAGGGACAGCUUGCAGCACAUUGACCUCAUGAAGAAAGAGCACCCCGAGCUGCCCAUUCUCAUUCUGGGGCACUCCAUGGGGGGAGCCAUCUCCAUUCUGACAGCUAGUGAGAGACCCAGUGAGUUUUCAGGCAUGCUGUUAAUCUCUCCUUUAGUGGUAGCCAGCCCAGAAGUCGCCACUCCCAUCAAGGUUUUUGCAGCGAAAGUGCUCAACUUUGUUCUCCCAAACCUGUCACUGGGCUCAAUAGAUCCAAAUGCAAUUUCCCGAAACAAGAAGGAGAUGGAGUCUUACACAUCCGAUCCCUUGGUCUACCAUGGUGGCAUGAAGGUCUCCUUCGUCAUCCAGCUGAUGAACGCCAUUGCCAGAAUUGAGCGAGCUCUGCCCAAGCUGACUUUGCCCAUCCUGGUGCUACAUGGCUCUUCCGACAAGCUCUGUGAUAUCAAAGGGUCCUAUUUACUGAUGGACACAGUGCAGAGUCAGGACAAAACACUCAAGGUGUAUGAGGAAGCCUAUCAUGCCCUCCACAAAGAGCUGCCCGAGGUCUCUACCUCUGUCUUCACAGAAAUCCUAACGUGGAUUGGCCAGAAGGUCUCAGCAGCUGGGGAAACCAGCCAUACUUAA